CGACUUCAGUGGUCCUCUACCAACGACUUUAUCACAACUUACGAACCUGUCCACCUUAUAAUUUCGCAAAGCAGUGUUUGGGAUUUUAUUGUUUCUCAUGAAAUUUCAACAAAUAAUUAUGGACACCAUUGUCAUUGUGCAUCCAGGUGGGCAUUGGAUAAUAAUUUCACUGGGCAAAUACCUGAUUAUCUUGGGAGUUUGACCAACUUAACCCAACUGAGGCUCCAAGGGAACUCUUUUCAAGGUCCUAUUCCUAGAAGCUUAUAUAAUCUUGUCAAGUUGAGAAGCUUAAGAAUAGGGGAUAUAGUAAAUGGAAGCUCUUCACUGGCGUUCAUUGGAAGCAUGACAUCUUUGGGUGAUCUUGUCUUGAGAAACAGCAGGAUUUCUGAUUCACUUGCAUCAGUGGACUUCUCCAAGUUUGGAAGUUUAAAUCUACUGGAUUUGAGUUUUAACAAUAUCACAGGUCAAAUUCCUCCGUCAAUCGUGAAUCUUCCUUCUCUUACUUUUCUAUUUCUUGGGAAUAAUAGCCUUUCAGGAAGUCUGCCAGCCAUGAAAAGUCCUCUGCUUUCAAAUUUAGAUUUUUCAUACAACCACCUCUCAGGAAACUUUCCUUCUUGGACUGCCCAGAAAGAUUUACAACUGAAUUUGGUGGCAAAUGACUUUGUGAUUGAUGGCACUGAUAUGAGUGGUCUGCCAUGGGGAUUGAAUUGUCUUCAGCGGAAUACCCCCUGUUUUCUCGGUUCUCCGAAGUCUGCCUCUUUCGCGGUGGACUGUGGUGGUAGUAGAACCAUAUCAGGCUCAGAUAAUGCCAUGUAUCAGGCUGAUAACGCCAAUCUUGGUGCUGCAUCAUACUAUGUGGCAGGCACACCUACGUGGGGUGUUAGCACCACUGGAAGAUUCAUGGAUCCACCCAAUGGAAGUUACAUAAUCUACAGUUCACGCCAGUUCGAUAAAACACUAGAUUCUGGACUGUUCCAAACAGCAAGGAUGUCACCAUCAUCUUUGAGAUACUAUGGCAUUGGACUCGAGAAUGGGAACUACACUGUAACACUUCAAUUUGCCGAGGUGGAUUUCCCUGAUGUGCAGUCUUGGAGGAGCAGAGGGAGGAGGAUUUUUGACAUCUACAUUCAGGGGGAGCGUAAGGAGCAGAACUUUGACAUAAGAAAGGCAGCAGGAGGGAAAUCUUUCACUGUUGUUAAGAAGCAGUAUGUUGUCCCUGUGACAAAAAAUUUCCUUGAGAUUCAUCUCUUCUGGGCUGGCAAGGGUACUUGCUGCAUUCCUCAUCAAGGCUACUAUGGGCCUGCAAUAUCAGCUUUGAGCGCUACUCCAAACUUCAUCCCAACGGUCCGUAGCCCUGCAGACAACAAGAGCAGGAGCAAAAUUGCUGUGAUCAUUGUAGUUAUGGUUGGUGUUGCAGUUUUUGCAUUGGCUGCACUUGCUGGACACUUUAUAUGGAGACAGAAGAAGAGAAAGAUAUUAUUGGAGCUAGAAGAGCUGUACAACAUAGUUGGAAGACCAAAUGUCUUCAGUUAUAAUGAGCUAAGGUCAGCUACGGAAAAUUUUAGUUCUAGUAACCUACUUGGUGAAGGAGGAUAUGGAUUGGUUCACAAGGGUAGAUUAAGUGAUGGAAGGGCGGUGGCAGUGAAGCAGCUCUCUCAGUCAUCUAAUCAGGGGAAAAAGCAAUUUGCUACAGAAAUCGAAACUAUAUCUCGAGUACAACACUGUAACCUCGUGACAUUGUAUGGUUGCUGCCUUGAGAGCAAUACGCCGCUGUUGGUUUAUGAGUAUCUGGAGAAUGGAAGCCUUGACCAAGCACUGUUUGGAAAGGGAAGCUUGAACCUGGAUUGGCCAACAAGAUUUGAGAUAUGCUUAGGCCUAGCAAGAGGUAUAGCUUAUCUUCACGAGGAUUCUACCGUCCGCAUCGUGCACAGGGACAUAAAGGCCAGUAAUGUCUUGCUAGAUGCCGGUCUCAACCCUAAGAUUUCAGAUUUUGGGCUUGCCAAGCUCUAUGAUAACAAGAAAACUCACGUCAGCACAAAAGUUGCUGGCACAUUUGGCUACCUUGCACCUGAGUAUGCCAUGAGAGGUCAUAUGACUGAGAAAGUUGAUGUGUUUGCAUUCGGCGUGGUCGCGUUGGAGACUGUUGCUGGUGAAUCAAACUACCAGAAUACACUUGAGGAAGACAGAACUUACAUAUUUGAAAGGGUCUGGGAGCUGUAUGAAAACGGGCACCCGCUCGACUUCGUGGACCCAAAACUCUCGGAAUUCAACAGCGAGGAGGUGAUCAGAGUCAUCCGCGUCGCCCUCCUCUGCACACAGGGCUCCCCUCACAAGCGGCCGCCAAUGUCGAAGGUAGUCUCCAUGCUCACCGGAGACGCCGACAUAACCGAAGAUGCCGCAAAGCCGAGCUACAUCACGGAGUGGCAGAUCAAGGUCGGGAGCUGCCACCACACGGGCAGCAGCCAGGUCGGCUCGGCGUCGACGCCGCCGUCCUCCGGUGAUGGCGGCGCCGGCCAGGCGAGUAGCCAGGGCGCAGGGGAAGGCAGCCCGCUGACUCCCUCGCCAUUGUUCACCUCCAUCAUCGACGAGGGCAGGUGAAGAUAACCGAGAAGCAGGGCAAGGAAGGCUUGGAGCUAAAUUCCCGGCUCAUACAAAGGCGGUCUCAUCACUUGCUGACUUGGGUAGGAGGAAGAGGGAGUAGGUGAUUGAACGAUCUAAGGCAUCUACUGCCUCCAAUCCGUUCUAAAAUACUGUAAUUUAGAAUGUGAUUUAACUCAUCCUAAGAUAAUGAAUCGAAAUAGAGAUUGUCUAGAUUCGUUAUCUUUAGGAUCGGUCAAAUCACAUUCUAGGUACAAUAUUUUGGAACGAAGUAGUAGCAGUCUGGUAUGCCCGUGCAUCACGCACGGGAUCACAUGGUGUUACAGGUGUUUGGGCAUCGCUUCCUCGCUGGAAUUUGGUCGAGCCGUGUUGUUGGGUUGACCUAGGUGGUGUGAGUUCAUGAGCGUGCCUCGUGCGCUUUGCUUGCUUAAUUUCCUUCCCUUUGGCCUUGUUCUUUUGUUUCCCUUUUUCUCCUCCAAUGCGCAAGAGGGUGUGCCCUUUUCACAGUACACACCACGCAGAUGAAGGGCUAACAAAGUAGCAAUUGCUUUUGUGUAAAUAUUCUUUUGUUAAUAUCAUCAUUAGAAGCACGAGGACUGAUGAUACUGUUAGCUAAGCUGCUGGUUGCAAUGUU